AUGUUUGGAGCACCGAAACAUUGUGUGCUUCAGCUCCAGAACGACGAAGCCAGUGCCAAUAUUAAUUGGCUUGACGUUGUCAAGGAAAGGAACUAUCAGGCCGAAUACAAAGGGAAUGGAAUUCAUCAUUUCCAUAUGUGGGAUCGGGGCGUGAUUUCAUCAAAGCCAAUAACACUGUGCUUGAAGAGGUACGAAGAAGAGAUCGAAUUCUCCACCGCAAUCCGGAGUCAAAGAUCGCCGGGCUUGCCCUUUUCCCUGGAAUCAGCCGAAGAGCCAGCAAUCUUUACGCCAGCGCAGGUUGACGCUGAUUCGCUCGAUGGGAUGACUAUUGAGACUCAAAGAACAGACGUGCAAGCCAGUGCUUCAAAACGCGAUGCUGGAACACAGAACUUCCCCAAAAAUAGGGCUUGGCCUGCGGAAAUAUUGAAGCAGCUUCCUCUAUGGUUCGAACACCAAGUGCAGGAGAAUCUGUCGGAGGAAGAGAUUGCCCGGAACUUUCACCGAAAAUUCAAGCAAAAACGGACUUUUCAUGCUAUUGAGGCAAAAGUGUAUUCCUUAACAGGAAAAAGCCCUUUUAGGAAGCGCAAUAAGAAGGCCUCGCGCAGAAGACCUGUGGCUUUGACACCUCGCUCCUCCCCACCGCCGUCUCAACCCUCUGAAUCAGUGGAUUUCACCCAACAAUUGAUCUCGAGGUCGAACAUCGAGGUUCACGCUUUACACUGCGAGGAUGGAAGCCUUUACGCCCUCCAUGGUGUUCAACCGGCUGACCCUGAACCAGAAUCCAGUGACUCACAUGCAGUGCUUGAACAGGAUACUGUGAAUCGAAUGUUAAGGUUCCGGCACGUAUCUCAAGAGCAUGAACUACAGUCAGGUACAUGCCAAAAUGAAUGGCCAGUUCGAGGAAGCCAUCAGGCUGAAGAAUCGCCCAAAGACCAUCCAGUGCCCUCAGAUCUGGUGCCCAAAAGUCAGCCAAGGAAUGAUAAUCCAAUCAAUGUCCUCGCCGCAACAUCAGGGAUGGUUGAUUCUUGCUUCACUCGAAGCUCUCCCUUAGAACCCCCUCGAAUAUCAGAACCUAUCCAAUCUUCAAUCUGGCAUCCCUCUGAAGGUGAUACCACACUCGAAGAGCUAAGCCAAACGCUUAUCCAUCGUACUGAGUCCAGUGCAAUGCACGUGGAACAGACAGAUACGGCGCAUGGCAACAAACCAUCAAAGAGACUUUCUCCGCAAUCUUCAUCGCGUGGAAAUCCAUUAGCUAGAGGUUCAGCAAAUGAGGGUUCGAAUAAUGAAAGCCACACAGAAAGUGUGGCCAUGUCACCAACGCCCUUCCAAGUUCCUGAACCAAGCUCCACUGGUAACUCGACUGAGCAUCACCCUCAAAACUGCGGAAGUGAUGAACCAACCAUUGAUACCUCUGAAAGAGCUUUGACUGACGAAGGAUUGAUUAUAAGAUGUCUCCAUGAGAAGUCUAAAGCACAGGCGGCGCGUUCUCAUCCCAAUUGGAACGAUAAGGACCUGAACCGUUUACUAGGGUGGCACAUGAAACGGAAAAACCUACCAAAGGAGAGACUUGAAGUUGAGUUUCUGAGAGAUUUUGGCCACUAUCGAUCUCCUUCCGCUAUCGUUACAGCUUGUCGCAGAAAGAGAAAGGCAGAUUCUCGUCAUAAAGAUGUAACCUCAGCCCCCACUCCAGGUCAACUAGCUCCGGUUGUCCCUACCGUUCUUGAUACUAUGCGGGUAUCACGAUCACCCAACGCCAUCAUUGGAUCCGACAUUCCCAGCUUGGAUCCAUCCCAUACUAUAGCUAUACCGAGCAAUGAGAAUAUUACACUUAAGCAUCCACCGUUGGAGCGACCUCGAUCGCCACAACUCAAUCAGCCGCAGGUUUUAAACAACACAGAGAGACUUUCUUGCAACAGUCCUCCACCAUUGAAUGAGGGCGAAGAAGCAAUGAAUCAAAAUCCACCGACUGCUGUUGCUUCCGAAUGCGCUUCUGAACCGAUGGUGUUUUCAACACCUCCUGAGACUGUCGAUAAUACCUCCACAUUGGGCACUAGAUGCCAUCGAGUUGAAAUCACGCCAAACCCUCCAGCUAGGUUUAGAGCAAUUAAUGGCUGUGGAAGAGAAUGCCCCAACCAGCCUACCUUCGAGAACGUGCAGACAGGUUCACAUUACUCAGGGUUGUCCACCGGAACACCCGAAGGAGCUGGGGACCAACCGUCAGAUUCUACUGGUAUUUCGGACGCCAACAUUCCACAACUGGAAAUGCGCCCAAAUUUGCAGAAUACGUCGCAGCCUCAAAUACGAGACAUCAAUAUCCCACCCACAAACAUUCCCCAGCCCAGUUACACACUAAUCCCAAAGUUUCAUACUCUGGACCAUCCCAUUACUACACGCCCAAUUCCCAAUCUGGGGUUUCCCAAUCUAUCGGUGCAUCAGGGAUGGCUGACACAGGCGGUUCGUUCAUAG